AUGACCAAGCCCUUUGACCUCCGUAUUCAGCACGGCAUUGCCGGCGGCUUUGCGCCCCCGAACCCGUCGGCGGUGCACGACUUCCACCUUGAGUCCGGCGCGCCGACGAUCCUGCUGUCGUCGAUGGUGCGCCCGGACGGGACGCCCUCUCUCCAGCCGCACCCGCAGAAGUCGAUCCACGCCGAGUCGGACGACACGCCCGCGCUCGUCGACGAGCUCGAGAGUAUCCUCAAGGGGCUCCCGACGGAGGGCGAGAACCCUGGUGCGGACAUCUACGGGAAGGACAUUGGGAUCAUGUACCAGAGCGAGAGCCUGAGCUGGAUGAACAGCGCGCCGCAGGGGUGCAGCAGGAUGGAGAGCGACGUGAAGCCUAGUGCUGAGCAGAAGAAGCAGUUUGAGCGCGCGGUCGAGAUUGUGGGCAUCCUGGAGAAGCGCGGGCAGGCUUGA